AGAGGAACCCGGGCCUUGCCCUGCCCCGCUCCAGGCCAUGAUGAUUCUGCGAUUCAUCACGCUUGCUCUGGUGACAGGGCAUGUCAGGGGAGAGACCAGGAUCAUCAAGGGGUAUGAAUGUCCUCCUCAUUCCCAGCCCUGGCAGGUGGCCUUGUUCCAGAAGACGCGGCUGCUCUGUGGGGCCACCCUCAUCGCCCCCAAAUGGCUCCUGACAGCAGCCCACUGCCGCAAGCCGUGGGUGUCACUCAUCUCUCCUCCCCAACCCUGCGCGUGUGUCCCCUCCACCUCUCCAUCUCUGACCACUGUCCCUCCCACCUCAGCAGCUACGUGGUCGUCCUGGGGGAGCACAACCUGCAGCAUCAGGAUGGCUGUGAGCAGAGGCGAACGGCCACCGAGUCCUUCCCCCACCCAGGCUUCAACAACAGCCUCCCCAACAAGGACCACCGCAAUGACAUCAUGCUGGUGAAAAUGUCCUCCCCGGCCCUCAUCACCAGGGCCGUGAGACCCCUCUCCCUGCCGUCACACUGCGYCACUGCUGGCACCCGCUGCCUCAUUUCCGGCUGGGGCACCACGUCCAGCCCCCAGUUGCGCCUGCCCCACACCUUGCGAUGCGCCAACAUCUCUAUCAUUGAGCACCGGGAGUGUGAGAGCGCCUACCCCGGCAACAUCACGGACACCAUGCUGUGCGCCAGCGUCAAGGAAGAGGGCAAGGACUCCUGCCAGGGUGACUCUGGGGGCCCUCUGGUCUGUAACGGGUCUCUUCAAGGCAUUAUCUCCUGGGGCCAAGAUCCAUGUGCUGUCACCAGAAAGCCCGGUGUCUACACAAAAGUCUGCAAAUAUGUAGACUGGAUCCAGGAGACCAUGAACAACAAUUAAAMAGGACCCACCCCUCAGCCCCAUCUUCCUGUAAACAUUUGAUCUCAUUCAUUCUGCUCACGCGAAACCCUAAGCCAGGACUCUUCUG